AUAACGGAGCACCAUGUGAACUCAUUUAAAGAUGAGUGUGAGCUUUUCUUCAACCGCUUCAUGGAACAAGGCCCAGGAUCUGUGGGAGAGAACUUACAAUUAGGUAAUGUGUUUUGACACGUUAUUUUGAUAAGUGAGCUAUAGAAACAUUUGAAUGGUAAAGGUGUUUUUAGUCCUUUUCACACGUAGAUGACAGACUAUACUCGAGGAUGGGUACGCAGGGGGCUUGCCAGUCCCUUUUGUGCCUGGAAAGCUUGCCCCCUCCAUGUAGGACACACAUGUUUUGUUUUGAGGUCCUAGGUGGGAGUCAAUGCUGCUUUUCUUCGAUGUUCGAAGCUGUUAUAUCUAUCCCAUGUUAGGUGUACCUCAUAUUUCCCCAUUCACAUUCCCCUAAAAUAAAUUUAAAAAAUUAAAAAUGAAGAGACAAAAAAGAAACAACAAAAAACACAAGCUACACCCUCCUGUCAGGUUUUAUCCCCCAAAAGUCACAACCCCCCCCCCCCACCCCCAAAAUCAGCUUCAGCUUAUUGUCACAGCCCCAUGGUAUUCACUCUUGUUGUUGACCGACCUUACUGACCCUCACAGGCAACACCUUGAUGCAGAAGUUCACUGAGGAGGCAGAUGAGCUGGAGGAAAAGCGCCUUGACCUCGCCCUGGCAGAGAAGCUGUUUGAGUUGCCAAUCACCGUCCAUGAAAAACUCAUUGAAGUCAAGAAACAGCUGGCCGGACUUCAUUUGAUCUACAGCUUGUAUAGAGAACAGGAUGUGAGUUAUUUUAUAAGUGGUCCAUGUUGGAAGCUUUGUAUGUGAUGUGAUUUAUAUGUAUGUUAACAAAGUAUUCUAUUUAUGUGGUUGUUGUUGAAUGUUUUUUUUUUGAGAAAGUUUUUUGUAAUUGUGUUGGUGUUAUGGUAUAUUUUCAACUGACUCACUUAAUGUUUUUUUUUAAUUAUUCACAUCUCAUCAGGCUGCUAAAAACAAGUGGUCAGAGACUUUGUGGCCCGACCUUGACAUUGAUGUGCUUAGUAAAGGUAUUGAAGAC